AUGGGAUUUGUUUUACCGUUAAUCGGGUUCAUUGUAUUAUUUUUGAUCAUUUAUGCACUGAUCGAUGCAUAUCCAAAAAUUAAGUUGAAUAUCCCAUCACCGCCAUCGAUACCAAUUAUCGGGCAUUUGCAUAAAGUUAUUGGACUUGAUACAGAACAGCAACUAAAGCUAGCGCAGCAAUACUCAAACAACACUGAAAGAAUGAUGAAAUUCUGGUUCUUCAACGUGCUCGCCAUCGCACCAAGCACACCAGAAUUAUUUCAGAAAAUUUUAUCAUCCGAGGAGUGCAUGGAGAAGCCAUACAUUGCAUAUAGACUUUUAACCCUCAAUAAUGGCCUUCUCGCAUCACGAUUUCAUCGAUGGCAACGGGAUCGAAAGUUUUUCAACAAUUCAUUUAAAAUGUCAACAUUGCAGAGCUUUUUACCAAUUUUCAAUGAAGCUGCCGACCGAAUUGUUGACGACAUGCGAGAUAAUGUUAAUUGCGAGGCAUUUAAUAUAUCGCCGUAUAUUUUUAAAUGUACAAUGAAGAUGAUUUGCUCGACGUCGCUUGGUAUGCGAAUUAAUAAGGUUGAAAAUGAAGAGGCUUUCGAUAAGAUUUAUCAUGCUGUCAACUAUGUCAUUGAGUCGAUUGCAUCUCUACAAAAUAAACCAGUCGUAUAUCCAGAAACAAUCUAUCUUCUUACUCCACGUGCUUGGAAGCACAUUGCAUCAGCAUGGUUUUUAAGGAAUUUCCAUUUCAAAAUCAUGAGUGAACGCCGUAAAGUGCUAGACAAUCAAGAUAAUAAUAACAUACGCGACGAAGACAGUCCUUAUUACGAUAUUUUCAUUGACCAACUUCUUAAAAAUAAAGGCUUAUUCACGGACCGAGAAAUUUGGGAGCAUAUUUUGACAAUUUUAGCUGCCGGCUAUGAAACAUCAGCCACAUGUCUAUCACAUUGUAUGCUUUUUAUUGCCAUGUUUCAGGAUGUCCAACAAAAAAUGUUCGAUGAAAUCAAUGAAGUCUUUCCAAACGGCGACGAAGAAAUCACAUUGGAUCGUUUGGGUAAAUUACAAUAUAUGGAAAGAGUCAUAAAGGAAACCUUACGACUUGCACCUGUCGGUCCAGUAAUUUUCCGUGAGACAAGAAAGGAAUUUGAAAUUGAACCCGGUCUCGUUAUACCGAAAGGUGUCGUCUUUAUACUUCACAUUUACUGUCUACAUCGAUCGAAAAAAUAUUGGGGUGAACGAGCUGAAGAAUUCGAUCCUGACAAUUUUCUACCCGAACGAGUUGCACAACGACAUCCUGCCACAUUUAUCCCGUUCUCAUUUGGCAAGAGAAAUUGUAUUGGGACACGAUACGCAAUGUUAUCGAUGAAAACGAUAUUAUUGAAAUUUCUACAACGCUAUAAAGUCACAACAAAUCUGAAGUACAAUGAAUUGCGUUUCAAGUCAACAUUGACCUUGCAAUUAAUUGGAAAGCAUUUAGUUCAAAUAACGGAGAGGAAACGCCAUGAAGAAUAA